UAUAAAAAAAUUAAUAUAGAAUGUUGAUUAAUUUAAUCGUGACGGGAAGGGCAUGUAAUAGGAGCGCAGACAAUCUGCCUCCCUCUCCCAGAAUCCUAACCCAGAUCAACAUCCAGUUCCUUCAGGUUCGCCAUGGAGAAAGGUCCUAGAUACAGAGCCUACGCGGAACUCAGAAAAUCGCGGCUAAGGAGGAAGUACAUGAUCCCAGAAGAGCUCGAAGAACUCGAAUCGAAAUCGACCCCAUUGAAGAAACAAGUCAAAUUUAAGACCCAUCUGACCAAUUCGCGUAAAGGGUCUUCCGUUCUCGCUCAAUCGGUGCCUAGUUUCUCAGCCGUGUUGCGAAAAGAGAACCGCAAUCCGCCGUCCAGGCUUCCGUCGAUGCAGGAGAUGACCAUGCCGGCAAAGAGUUUGGCGAAAGCAGCGUACGGGAUAUUGUCGAAUUCGAGAGGGAGUAAGUCGGUGAGCGCGGGGGAGAAGAGGUACAACAAUUGCGGAGGGGUCAUGGCGAGGAAGAGCAACGCGAGUAUGGAGGAAUUGAAGGGUUUGUCGUCAAUGGCAAUGGUGGAAGGGAAUGCCAAUGGCAAUGGCAGAGCAAUGCCAAGGACUCUUUUGGGAUACAGACAGUUCUGAAAGUUUGGUUCUUUUGGGGUUUUUUUUUUCCUCUAUUCAUUCCUUCUUUACUGAAUAUUUGUUUGAUGUUUUAUUGCCUGGGAAUUUGAUUACCACUUAUAAUUCUUUUGUUUUUUUAUUUGUUCGGAAUGUAACUGGUAAAUGAUAAGGUUUGAUGACUUGUUUCAA